UAGCUGGAUGGUAGAGUCCCGCUGAUUGGCUGAAAGGUUGCCGCUUCGCGGCUUCUUUUUUGAACAUAAAUAUGAACAGCUGCUGUAGUUAGUUCUUCAGAAAGGAGGAGAGGGAGUUCGUGCCACAGUCGCAGCUUAUGGCAAAGUUCAACAAAAUGAGGACUUAAACCCAAAAUUUCAAUUCAAUCCAACCAUAUUUUAGAUACGAUACGUAGAUACUCGGAGCUUCAAACAGCUGCGGGUUUGGAACAAACCUUCUUUAAUUUCCUGAAAUGCUGCCGUGAAGCGUCGCUUACUAGCUUGUUAGCUCGAAGUCGGAUCGCCCUGCAGUGGUGGUGCUGACAAAGACUCCACCGAAAUAUCAUCAAAAUCCAACAAAAGACAAAGACUGCAGGGUCGUUACAGACUGAAGAGCUGAACAUGGAGUCUGCACCUCUGUUUGAUAGCACGAGCCCGCUGAAAAAUGGAUCUUCCGGAAGGCCACAGCAGAUCCCCGGCCUUUCCUCACUCUCUCUUCCGGAGCUUAGCUUCCAAUCCCCGCACUGCAAACAGCUAUUCUCUUCUCGAACCGAAGCGGUUCUAUCUCCUGUCACCCACCUCACUCUGGGCUUGGACAGCUUAGCUGGCCUUGGAAGUCAGUGUGACACGCCGAAGACAAGGAAACAUGUUCCCAUCGAGAAGGUUCCUUCAUUCGCAUCUGAUGUAUCAUCUGAUGCUGGACUUGGUCUGGAUCCUCCCAGUCCCACAGAGGUUGAUGCUGAAGAGCUAUUUGAGAAAGCCAUAGAAAAGUCGAGUCAGGUCGUUAAUGGAAAAGCACCAAUUAGAAGAAUUAACUCGCUGCCACUCCAGCUUCAGGGCUUCAGUCCCUCACUAAAGGGACACGAAUCAGACUGUGGGCGUCGUUAUGGGAUCUUCAGCCAACAACCAUCCACAAAAAACUCCAGUGAAGAGGAAGACAAGGAGAACCAUCCUGAGGAGGGAUUUGAAUUCAAGAAACCAACCAAACCUGUGUCUCGGAGUCGCGGACAGUCAUUCAGUGGACAGUCGAAAGACCUGUUGGCCUGCCGGCCUUGCUCAGCUCCAGCUCUGAUGCUCUCUUCACCUCCUCCAGUUCAGCAGUUGAACUUUUAUGACUCCAGUCCCGUGUUGAGAUCUUCUUCUGCCAACUCUCCUUUAAGCCAAUAUGAUGAUGACGGCUUUUCGGACGUGUUGGACGACAACAUGGAGGUAGGACUCAACCGUGGUGACAAAGUUAAUUUAUUAUAUCUGAAGUGCAGUGGUUUGGUGUCUGACUCUGUUGGAGAAGACUCGCCUGUGUUUCGCUGCCGUCCUCGGAGUCUGUUCCGUUCCCCCUCAGCACCCAGCCCAGUGUCUCGACCUUGUGCUAAGCGUCCAGACUGUCCCACAGAUGAUGCCACACCGGUCAAAGUGAAGAGGAGACGCAGCCUGGCAGAGGUCACAACACCGGAACAGAACCGUGAAUCACCACGAAUGGGCUUUUCACUGCAGAGAUCCAAAUCCUUCUGUCAGACUACCAUCGGGAGGCUGUAUGACAGUGAAAACAGUUCUGCUCAGCUGAUCGGAGAUUUCACAAAGGCCUAUGCAUUACCAACAGUGGAAGGGAAACACCAGGGCCUUAAAUACAUCACCCCAGACAUGAUGGUGGCAGCUAUGAAAGGAGACUUUGACCACAUGGUGGACAGAGUUAUCAUCAUCGACUGUCGCUAUCCAUACGAGUUUGAAGGAGGCCACAUCAGGGGAGCGUUGAACCUGCACGAAGAGGAGCAGGUGGAGGACUUCCUCCUCAAGACCCCCAUCGUCCCUUUCUGUUCUGAGAAACGCAUCGUCAUCAUCUUUCACUGCGAGUUCUCAUCAGAACGCGGCCCCAGGAUGUGUCGCUUUGUCAGGGAGAGGGACCGUGCUCUGAACGAUUAUCCUAAACUCUACUACCCAGAGAUGUAUAUCCUCCAGGGAGGGUACAAGGAAUUCUUCCCCCACCAUCAGGCCCAGUGUGAGCCUCAGGCCUACCGACCAAUGCACCACCAGGACUUCAAAGAGGAUCUCAGGAAGUUUCGUCAGAAGAGUCGAACGUGGAAUGGAGAGCGCAGCAAGCGAGAGAUGUACUGUCGCCUGAAGAAGCUUUGACCUCACCCUGUUCUACUAAACGCACACACUGCCUGCCUCAACUUCCUUCACAGGCCCCACCCCGUGCUGCCAAACAGGAAGUCAGACGAUUGGCGUGUCAGUCUCUAAAUGUCCAUGAAUUGUCAACAUUUUUUAAAUGCAAAAAGGCUGAAUGACGUGAAGAGAGAACACAAUUGAUCACAUUGUUGUCAUUUGAAACUCAUUCAAUUUAUGGCUGUGUUUUGGCUAUUGACCAAGUGUGAACGUUGUCAAGUUCUCUCAUCUGUUUUGUUUUUUUUGUCUUGUUUUUUUAAAUGGUUUUUACAGUUUUCAUGUACCAGCAGCACUUAGUUUGAAAACCUAAAACAGUGACCUGCUUAUUUUUAACUGCCUUUUCUUUUUUUCUUAGUGUUUUUUUUUUUUUUUUUUUUUUUGAGAUGUUGAUUCUAUUUUUAACCUGUUAAAAGAUGUUUAGUUUCUUCCCAGCUACUUUUUUUUUCUCUGAUUGGCUCAUAACUCUUUGGUUGAGUAAUAUCCUGAAACAGAAACGAAAGCUUCACCUGUGAAGGUUGCAGUGAGAUCUUUGGAGUCUCCACUGCUGCAGGUCGGCCAGUGUGAGUGGAUUCUGCUGCUUUUGUUUGAGCUCUUCCCAGAUGGACGCCACUUCUUGUCAGUCUGAUGCAUUCAGACUGACAGAGGAGCACAAAUAAAGUUUUGGAGAGAAUCCAAACCCUGUGAUAGAAUCUUUUGUAACAAAAUUUCCUCAUCAUACCUGAAGGUUUUCUUGAAAAGUUGUUUCAUUUGCACCAAGAGCAGCUAAGUUUUCUCUGGCUUUAAUGUUUAAAGGUGAAAAUGUGACGGUAUUUGAUCUGGAUAAAAAUUAUUUAUCCAUAUUUUCCCAAAUAAAUUAUAUUUAAUAAAAGAUCAGAUUUGA